AGCUUGUCAUCAUCGGAAAAGUUCGUGCAUGGUGGAAAUCGACUAGCAAAAGUGGUGUGAAUUGUGAUUGAAUUUCGUUGAAUAAAGCAAUAUUCUGAUCCAUUUCUGGUUCCGCGACUCGGAGGAAACAUGUCAAAAGCGGAAAAUCGCGAAAUAACCAUCCGCCAACUGUACACGGAGCUGAACAAGCAGGGUUCCAAUGGCGAGUAUGAGAAGGCACUCAAAUCGGCCAACAAAAUUUUGGCCCUGGAACAGAACGAACAGAAGGCGCUCCAGUGCAAGCUAGUUUGUCUAAUUCAGCUGAACAAGUUCGAGGAGGUGAUCAAGUUCCUGGACAGGACCCAACCGUCGCACGAUUGUACCUUCGAGCGGGCCUACUGCGAGUACCGGAUGAACCAGCCAGAGGCGGCCUUUAAAACCAUCCAAAACAGCGGCAUCAAACCACUGCCCCCAAAUCUAAAGGAACUGCAGGCCCAGAUUCUCUAUCGUUUGGAAAAGUUCGAGGAAUGCUUCGAUAUGUACAAGGACAUCAUCAAGAACACCCACGACGAUUACGAUGACGAAAGAACCACCAAUCUGAGUGCGGUGGCCGCCAAUCUGAGUAUCGAGGGUUCGAAGAAGGAGGUUCCAGCUUUGCGCGAGGAUACCUAUGAGUUGACAUACAAUGCAGCUUGUGCCGUGGCUGGAAAGCAGCAGUUUUCGGAGGCAGAGAAAAAGCUGCGUACCAGCGAAAAACUGUGCCGCGAUUUUCUGGAAGAAGAUGGAGCAACGGAAGAGGACAUCAUGGAUGAGCUGGCGAUCAUUAAAGUUCAACUGGCUUACUGUCUGCAGAUGCAGGGCAAGAGCAAGGAAGCUUCUAUUAUUUACACUGAUGUUUUGAAGCAUAAAACCAACGAUCAUGCUUUGACGGCAGUCGCCAGCAACAAUUUGGUGGUCAUCAACAAGGACCAAAAUAUGUUCGAUUCCAAGAAAAAGAUGAAGGCGGCAACUUCAGAACAAGCCGAACACAAACUGACCCUAAAGCAAAAGAAACUGAUUGCCUUCAACAAUUGUCUGUUGGCUUUCUUCACCAAUCAAUCCGAUUGCCAUCUGCUAGCCAGUCGUUUGGGAAAUGCUUACCCGGAUUUAGAAUUUCAAUCACUGCUCAUUCGAGUCAGUCAACUUGCCCGGGACAAAAAGUUCAAGGACGGUAUCGAGUUGCUCGAAACCUACUUGAAGAAGCAACCCAAACAGGAGAUGGAAGUGAAAUUUGCGAUUGUGCAGUUGCACCUUUUAGCUGGCAAUCGAAAGGCUGCAGUGGAGAUUCUUCAAAGCUUCGGAGAAGCGAAAUACCGUGCUGGAGUCGUUUCUGCCCUCGUUACUCUAUAUCUUGGUUUAGACAACAAAUCGGCAGCCUCUGACAUACUAAAAAAUGCCGUCGAAUGGUACAAAAAGAACAAAUCAACUGCCGGAGGCGAUUUAACCGAUAUGUGGCGUCAAGCAGCCAGCUUCCAUCUGCGUGGAGGUGAACCGGAAACUGCCGCAAAAAGCUUGGAAGAACUCCUCAAGAACAAUCCCAACGACAUGAAAAUCCUGGCGCAACUGGUCAUCGCCUAUGCCCAAUACAACCCCAAAAAAGCUCAGGAAGCUAGCAAAAAACUACCUGCCCUAGAAACCCUAGCAACCAGCCAAGAAAUCGAUGCCCUCGAGGCCACCAACUGGAUGAUGAUUGCCAAGGCAGUCAAAAAGAAAAUUCCCACCUCCGGAAAAACCGACCAAUCUCCAGGAACUCCCGGCAGCGAAAUUACCAAGCAGAAGAAAAAAUCCGUUCGCAAACGCAAAGGAAAACUUCCCAAAAACUACGAUGCCAGCUCGGUUCCAGAUCCGGAGCGCUGGUUGCCCCGAUACGAACGGACCGGCUACCGGAAGAAGCGCGAUCGCAGGGUGAAGGAAGUCAUGAAGGGAAGCCAGGGUACGGCUUCCGGCCAGGCCGACCAGUAUGAUAUGAGCAAAUCGUACAACCAGAGCAAACAAUCGCCGGCCACCCCGGCGGCACACGAAAUGAUUACCUCCGGACCGGCACCUCGGCAGCUGCCGCGCAAGAGCCAGCACAAGAAAAAGAAGGGCAAACACUAAAGUGUGGAUUCUGCGCGCCGGACAGCAUUUAUUCGGAAAUGGUAUUUCAAAGUUUAGCUUUUUCAAAUAAAUAUUUGCAUAACA